AGACCUGAAGGCAGACGGAAAAGGAAGUCAUGGGGAAAUCAAGCAGAGAAAAAGGGCAGGAGCCUCAGUGUGUUGCUAGGCUCCCAGGAUCCCAAGGGAGAGGGUCAGGUGCGUCACCUGUGCACCUAUGGGACCCUAUGCUGCCCCACCUGGAGACAGUCUGCGGCGUUCACCUGUUUCUGCAUCCAGCUCCGUUCACCUGCUGCUACCUUGGACCCCACUGAGCAGCUAGAGGCAUCCAGCGCUAUGAAAUUCUUCAGUCGGAUCCUCUUCCUCCUGGUCUUCCUCCUCGCCCUCCUGGGCUCCCAGGCCGCACCUUCAGCCUCUCCGCCCACGGGCUCCCAUUUCCAGGGGAUGGGCCACCCCGAGGUGACCUCCCCUGGCGCUUCUGAAAACACCACUGGAGACUGGCCUAACCUGCAAUUCCCUGGAACUGUUCGUCCUGAGCCCCCCAAUAUGCCUCAUGCAGUUUCCCCUGAGACCACCCCCCUUGAGGCCACUGAGACCCCCAGGCCUGAUCUCCUAGACACCCCACACCCACAGUCUCCUGAGACCUCCCAGCCUGACCCACUCACAACCUCAGUAUCAGAAUCCCCGGACAGCCGCCACACGAACCCCUCCAGAGCAACACACCCAGAGCCCCCCGAGACCCCCGAUCCUGCCCUGACAGACGCCUCACGCCCCGGAUCUUCUGAAACCCCCAAACCUAGUCCCUCAAAACCAACACCCUCACAAUAUCCUGAGACCCUAAAUACUCACCCUGUGCAGACCACACACCAGCCCCCAGAGGUCCCCACACUUAACACGACAGAAAUCUCACACGUUAACAGCCCUGACCCCACCAAGCCUCUUGACACCGAAUCUCCAGAAACCCAUGAUCUUGGCACCACUGACAUCUCGAACUCUCAAGUCCCCCUGACCUUCCGGCCUGACCCCGCUGAGACCCUGCUUCCAGAGUCUCAGGGGGCCCGUCACCCCAGUCCCACCGAGAUGCCCCAGACAGAGCUCCCCACAGCCCACCAUCAGGAUGCAACCGAGAUCCCUAAAACCUCCGCCCUCGACCCUGAAACCCCUGCACCUUUCAAGGACGCGGCCCCCGCCCUCGGUGAGCUGCGCCUAAGUCCCCACCCCUCCCUCUCGGCCACCCAGCCUGACGCCUCUCGCCCGCCCACCUCAGAUUCUCCAGGGACCCUUGAGCCGAAGGCCUCCCCAAACUCUGACCCCAAAGGCCCAAGCACCCCAAGCACCCCUCCGCCCUCAGCCCGGAUUGUGGGGCCCCCUGCUCCUCCAGAGCCCCCUAGUCAGCUGCUCCCGGCGACCCCUCGGGCUCCGCAGCGGCGCAGCCGGGGUGAAAGAGUGAACACUAUCAUCGUGGUGGAGCACGUGAAAGAGACGGGCGUGACUCUGGUGGGGCGCCCGCGCGGCUCGACUGGAGGCGCCCUGUGCCUGUUCUUCGCUGGGACUGGGCUGUUCAUCCUCAUCGCCCUGCUGCUGUGGUGUCUCUACCGGCGGGCUGCCCGCCACCGGCCCUUCGCACACCGCCGGCUCCCGGACGGCGGAGACGAACCUGUUAUGCAUCUGGACGCUCCGAAGGAGCCCUACGACUUCUACUUUUAUGCGCCAGACGCCUGGGUCCCUUCGCACAUCUCCACCAAGCAGCCGCCGCCCACACCCCCACUGCCACCCAAGCUCCCCCCACCGCCCCGCGGGGGACGUCCCCAGCGCCUAGAACCACUGUCCCCCGAAACGCUCCCCAACAACUUCGUAUGAGCCCCGUUGGUGCCUCCAAGCCUGCACAUUCCCAAGAGAGAGGAGACUCUUGCAUCCUGUCCUCCCGGAUUCUUUGCUACUUAGUGGGCCUCUUGGAUAAAGGGCCCAGCACACAGAUGCUUUCGUGCAAUUGGAGAACAAGGCUGAAUAAACCAGAUG